UCUAGCCGAAUAUUCUCUAGAAAGGCUGUAAAGAAAAAAUAUACCAACAACAAACUUAGCAGGUUAGCAGCACGGCAGUGCAGUUGACUUCAUAACGAUCAAUAGACAACCCCAUACACAACACACCGCAUCUCCGCCAUUUUAAAGUCGAUAUCAGUAUAAUUGCGAGCGUUUGGUCGAUAUCUUGCAAUGACGACGACGACACGAUAGAGAGGAGCGAGCGAGAUUAUCAUCCGAACAGCGAUCAGCGAGGAAUUCAAGUUCGAUAUAUUCGUAGAAAUAAAUAUAUAAUGUCGUAAGUUCGAUUUGAAAGCCGGGGUGCUCCGUUAGUCGUGUGUAUUUGGUAUACAUGUGCGCGUUUGAGAGAUAUCGCAUCGAGAAUGUUUUUCAGCAGCGGUAAAGUCGUGAUCGAACUUGAAAAUUAUACGACAAAUAAACAAUGUUUUACCGGAAAACAAUUGUGUGUUUCAAUUAUAAAACUUCAAAUGGAGCACAGAGUUUUUUAAAGGAGAUCAAGAGUAAACAUAAACUGGAACAACAACAAUUGUUAUCAAGGACAAUUGACUUGUGGAUCCGGUAAACCAAAAUAUUCAAGCUCAGCAAGAUGGAUACAACUAAACAAUUGAAAUCUGCACAUGAUAGUAUGAGAGAAAUGGUGGAAGAAGAAAACAACAAGAAUGAUGUGAAAGUUUCUAUUAUAGCAAAAAUGAUGGAAGAAAAACAUACUUAUACUUAUAAAAAGCUAGUUGUGCCUAUUUCCAUGCGAAGUAUAUAUUGGAAAUUUUUUGGUUUUCCUGCUACGGAAGAGGGCGAUAUAUUGACCAAAGUCAAAAUUGUUUGCAUACUGUGCAAAACUCAAAUUGCUUAUAACAGAAAUACAAGCAAUUUGCGUAUGCAUCUCCAAAACAAACAUGCCCAAGAGCUCUCAGAUUUGGAAGCUGGUACACCGCCAAAAAAAAUUAUUUUGACACAGGAGGCCAGAGAUAAAAGAGCUCAGAAGCGUAUGAUCAAAGCCGGACUCAACGCUACUCAACAUAUUUAUACCACUAGCGCCGAUGGAACAGUUCAAAUUGACGGAGAUCUUCAAUUUGUCACUGAUCCUAAUAUUAGUCUAUCUAGCAUGGAAGAUGACAUAGAUAACCCGUUGGACAUUUCGAACAUGGAUGGCAAAGCGGUAUCGGAUGCAAUCACCGAGUUCAUUGUAAUGGACCUCCAGUUACCAGAAGUUGUGGAAGGACGAGGUUUCCAGAGACUGGUCGCGACUCUCCGUUCACCGUGUGAAAUUCCAAGCAAAAAUAAAUUGGAAGAUGAAUUAAUACCGAAAGUAUACGAGACUUUUCGUGAAUCUGUGGCAGCGAAUUUAGCGUGUGUAAACGGAGAAUUUGGUCUGGCGGUUGAAGAAUGGCGAUCAAAUUCCGGAGAAUAUUUCGUCACGCUGUCGCUGUAUUAUCAAAACGUGGACGAGGCCAUUCUGGAGUGUAAAGUUUUGACCACUCUCCAUGCACCUUUGGAUUGGGGAGAGACUCAGUGGAGCAGCGUUAUAGAUUCCACGCUUCUCGAUUGGGAUUUAAGAAUAGAAAGAAUCACGGCUGCUGUCGUUGCGACUUCGCGGCCCGAAUUACUGGCGUCUUUGUCAAAUCGAGGUUUAGCUCUGGUACCCUGUCUUUUGCAUACUUUACAAGUCUGUGCCCAAGCUUGCUUCGAAAACGCUGACGUCGCGAUUACGCUUUCAAAAUGUCGAACGACGAUUGGAGUAAUCGCGAGUCACGGGAGCGCAUCGACGGAUUUGAACGUCCAAGAACAGCUACUUGAGUUAGAAGAGAAUGCAAUGCUCAUGGAUUAUCCAGCCGUUUGGACAUCGACGUACAAUAUGCUGGAGCAACUGAUCCUCCGACGAAACAUAAUAACUUCGAUACUGGAAAGCAUGGAAGGCAUAGAUCGGGAAGCUAUCGAACUUACGGAAGACCAAUGGAAAAUUAUCGAGGAUCUUGUCAACGUACUUGAACCGUUCAAGGUCACUAUUAUGACUCUGAGCGAAGAAAAAAUGCCACUCAUAUCACUUUUAAAACCUCUGCUGUGGCAAUUGGUAUCCUCACACCUCAAGGUUAAGGACGAUGAUAGCGAAAUCGCCAAAUCGUUCAAAGAAUCGCUCUCCGAUAUGCUCUGUGAACGUUAUGCCGAUAGUAACGUCACGCUAUUAUUGCAAAUCGCCACCACUCUUGAUCCCAGAUUUAAACAACUGCCGUACGCCCCGGAUGAGGAUAAGAACAUGGUUAAUGGGCCGAUAAAAGAGAUGUUAACGAAGCUCGUAUUGGAAGAGACUGGUGAGCAAAUCGAGGUGAAACCAGAGGAAGGUUCGGCAACAAAAAAGAGUCGUUUAUCGGGAAUGGCACUUUUGUUAGGUGGACUUUGUGCGGUGAAAAGCGGAAUGCCUGCGGAGGAGAAAGCAAAUCUUGAACUAGUGCAGUAUCAAUCCGAAGCAACGGCCCCUCUUGAUUGUUGUCCAUUGCAAUGGUGGGCCAAGACUUCAGUCAAGUGUCCGAAUCUCGGGAAAUUAGCUAGACGUUACAAUUGUGUGCCCGCUUGUUGCGCUCCCCCUUCGAGAAUUCCGGCUGAAACGCAAGUCCUUUAUGACACUAGAAGAGCUGCUUUGCCUUCACAUUUAGUCAACAAAUUAUUAUUCCUGCACGGUAAUCACGCAGUUUGAGAGUAAAAGAACGAAGAUUUACGAGCUCUUCUAUAAACGAGAUAUGAAAAAGUAUUUCAUCACGGAAAUACUAAAAUCGAAGCUACUCGGCAAUUUGUGAGAAUAAAACCAGGUUCCAAAUUGCUCUUUUACUUGAGAUUCGCCUUAUCGUUUGAAAAUAAUUGAAUUUUCUCCGCCAUGUGUUUGACACGUGUCAAACAUGGUUUGACGUGUUAUCAGAAAUUUGUUUCAUUUGAAAUUUAUUGAUUGAUUCAUUUCAAGGUAAGAAGAUGAAUUUAGUGGCUCUAGAAGAAUUUUAUCUUCCUUAUAACCAGACCGUUUAAAUUUUUCUCUCAUAAAAUAACGAAACCUUACUUUAUUUUGGCACUUUAUCAAUUUACACCAAAGUUGUACCUCACUAGACUUAAACGAUCAUAUUAAAUUUUUAAUUCUACGAAUCUAACAAAAAAUGAGUUGCCAGAUAGUUUGUAAAUAUCAUGAUUAUAUCUGCACUGGUCUAUGCUUUGAUUUUAACGUCCAUAGCUUGGAAAGCUGUAUACGUUGUGUGAGAAAAAUGAUUACGUUCAUUUUCAUUGCUACUUUCAAAACAUAAUUCUAUCUUUUACUCUCCUCUCAGAAAUUGCAAAUCAGUACAAGAAUCUGAUUUUAAUACGUAGCUAUAACGACGUAGGACGAUUAGAAGAAAUGAACGAUAUUGUAAAAUAAUCUGAUGAAAACAGAAAACAGAAGAAUGUAUCAAAAACAUGAAAUCAAUUUUUUACAAAAAGUUCAAUAAACAUUUUGGAAUAUA